UUCCGCUGGCGCCGCCUCUCUCUCUCUCUCUCUCUCUUUCUAUGGUUUCCGAUCCCUUUGUUAAAGAAACCACUUCUCACUCAAAAGAUCGAUCUUUUCGCUUCCGUGGAUUCGCUCUGCCCUCUCAUCAACAUGGUUUCCACCGCCGGCGUCGACGACGAGGAGACCCAGGUUUUGGACCUUGAUUCUGCGGCACCCGGGGAAGUCCCGGUUCUAUACGGUGAGACCCAAGCCUUAGAUGGAUCGGAUGGUUCUGAUGGCGAGGGCGAUAGGGGGAUUGAUGAGCGGGGAGAGACGCAAUUGUUGGAUGAAGAUGAAGAAACGGCUGCUGUUGACAGCGGUGGCGAAGGGACGGAUAGGACCGAGGUGCUUAGCGAUGAUGAGGGAGUGUCGAAUGAUGAUGCUACUCACUAUGGAGAUCGAGAAGAUGGUGGAAAUGUCGACUCCAGACCGGAGUUACGGGUGUUUGGAGGAGAAAAAUUAUGCUUGGCGGAGGAUAAGAAAGAUAAUUUGGUUGAUUCUGGUGCUUUGACCGAUGGUGGUGAUGGUGAUGAUGAUGAUGAUAGGAAUGCAGGAUCAAAAAUGAGGAGCUGUAGUGUAGUUCCUGUGGCAGCAAUGUGUUCAUCCGGUCUUGCUGCAGCUCAAUACCUUGUUUCUAGGAGACUUGAGAAUGUGUUCAGACCUUUUAACAAUGGAAUGCAUAGUGAAAUGGAAAACUGUGCUGUAGAUGAACAGAUAGAUUUGGCAGGAAUUGGUAUAAAUAAUUGGAAAAAUAGGGGAAACGACAUCUCCUCUCUCAGCAAUACAGUUGAUAAAUUAGACCUGGACCAUGAAAUGGCAGGCAUUCAGAGGUCUAACCAGAAUUACUGUAUUGAUGAUACUAAGAGUAGAUGUUGCAACAUGAGGGUAAAAAGGCUUUUUAAAGAGUUCUUACCUUCUGAAAACCAUAAAAGCACAAGCAAGGAUGACAGCACCUUAUCCAAGGUGGACUAUUCUCAUUUACUAACGACUGAUUAUGCUCUUGCAGGAUUAAGCUACAUUGAUUCUCAGGAACCUAGUGAUCUAUCUCAAGCAAAUGCAUUGGAAAUUGUAGACAAAUUUCUUUCGAUCAGUGAUGUGGGGUCCUCUCAAGAGAUCAUAAAGGUGGAAACUGAUAUUUUGAAGUCCCCUCUUGUAUUUGCUACAAAGGGAGUUCAACUGUUGGCUGAAAAGACUGAUUGUAGAAGUCCAGUUGGAAAGCCAGGAAUUUUUGACUGGAACGACAGUAUUGAAGAUGAAGGAGGAGGUGAACUCUUCAGUAAAAGAAAGGAUUCCUUCUUUGAAAGAUCAUGUGGUGCACGGAAAACUCGAAGCCAUCCCCCAAAGUCUCGACUUGCAAUCUCUGGUACAACCAGAGAUGCAGUUGAUAAGAGUGGAGAGCUAGGUGAUAACUUAAAAAUAUAUGACAAAGGAACUGUUUUAGUUAAUUCAGAUUCGAGGCUAAUGAUACCAAAUCCUGUAAUAAGUGAGAGGUUUCGUAUAUCUGAAGCAAAUAUAAGGAAGAAUCUUUUCAAGGAUGCAAAAGGUGAAUCAAAAAUAGAAUCUUUAGAGCAUCAACUGGAUGCAACUGAAGUGGAAGGAAGUUUAGAUGGUAUACACAAUGUUGUUCCUGAUACUCAAUUGGCAGCUGAGGCUUUGGAAGCCUUAGUCCAUGAAUCUCUAGUUAAUGCGGAAAAGGAGGAGACCAGGGAUACUUUUACUGGAAAUUUGACUUCGAAUUCUGACAAAAGCCCAAUCAUGAAGACAGCUUCUUCAAAGAACGUUUCACUGCCAAAGUGGACUUCUGUUAAUGAUUCACAAGUAGUUAUGACACGUUCUAAAAAGAGAAAGAUGCUCUCUACAGAAUUGAGGGGAAGUCUAAAUUUACCUCGAGUUUGGUCUAGUUCAAGAAUGAAAAACAGUUUGGAGGAUACAACUGCUAAACGGCAAGCAAAGAGGGGAAAGGCUAAACUAGAUGGGCAAGCAGAUAUGAGUUUUAUCAGUGGACAUGAUUCUUCUAUGUCCACCAAGAAGACAAAGACACAAGCAAAGGAUGACAGACAUUUGGAUGAAAAACAAAAGCAACAUCAUAAUAUCUUGGUGGAGAGACAUCCUGCACGUUGUGCUAGGUAUUCCAAAAGCACCAAGUUAUUGAAACAGAAUGAGGCUUUACCUCAUGGUGGGAAGGAUCCAAAUGAGUCAGUAAAUAAAAAUGCUUUAAGAUCUGUAGAAUCUCCAGAUAAUCAUGUGACUGAUAAAGGUUGUCCUAGUGCAGGUUUAGAUCUAGCUACAGAAGUAAAGUAUCGUGCAACUCAUGCUAAGUUUCUGAAUGGUGCUCCUCUUGGAGAAGAGCUUCAAACUUUUUCUCUAACAAAAGAUGGCUGUCACUGCCCUAAGCGGAGGAGAACUAGUCGGGUUAAUUCUGGAAACUUGAAUGAUAACUUGAAUAAAGCAUCAGCUAUGUCGGAUGCUGGUGCAUCAGAGACAAUUGGGCGAUCGUCCGAACAAGUAGGGAAAAGAAAGAUCUUCAUCAGAAGUGUAACAGAUAUCCUAAAUAAGGUUAAGCGGAAAAAAAGAUCUAUUUUUACAUAUGCAUCACUGGAAACUGACAGAGAGCCUUCUAGUACCACAUUGGUAAGAAUUAUACGUGGUAUGCAAUCAUCACUUAGGUCCCCUUUGCUUGAACCACUUUCAAAUGAGGAUACCAAGGAAUCGGCGAGGAAACAUUUGCUUUGCCCUGUUACACCAAGAAAUGCUAGUACUCUUUCUGCUGAAAAAGCAGAACAGCCCAAGUUAUGUUCUAAAUAUGUUGAAGAUGCAGCAGCAAAUAACAGAUUAUAUAGGUCGCUGAAAGCAAAAGGUCAACCGAAUGAUUUAGCAUGUACAACACCAUCUAGGGAUAAGAAUGCUGUGUCACCUAUUUAUACAGCUCGGUAUCCUCCAAGAUCUUGCAAUAAAUCUGUAUCAGCAUCUUCAGUUGCUAGUAUGCUGAAAGACAUGCGGAGGCGAAAAGAUAUGUCUAGUGUUCGUGUUUUAUUUAGUAAUCAUUUAGCUGAGGAUACUAUCAAGCAUCAGAAGAAGAUUUUGGCACGCCUAGGACUUCCGACUGCAUCUUCAAUUUCAGAUGCAACUCACUUUGUCACAGAUGAAUUUGUUCGCACACAGAACAUGCUCGAAGCAAUUGCGAUGGGUAAACCCGUGGUAACACCUAUGUGGCUUGAAAGCUGUGGACAGGCAAGUUGCUUUAUGGAUGAGAAAUAUUACAUACUGAGAGAUUCUAAGAAGGAGAGAAAGAUAGGAUUCAACAUGCCUGUUUCACUGGCUCGUGCAUGCCAACAACCUCUUUUGCAGGGUAAAAGAGUGUUUGUAACAGCAAAUGUCAAACCUAACAGAGAACUUAUUGCAAGCUUGGUUAAGGCAUCUCAUGGUCAGGCAAUCAAGAGAAUUGGGAGAUCUGCAUUGAAGCAAGGUAAAGCACCGGAUGAGCUUUUGGUUAUAUCUUGUGAAGAAGAUUACUCUAUCUGCAUGCCUCUCCUUGAGAAAGGAACUGGUAUUUUCAGCUCGGAGCUUUUACUCAAUGGUAUAGUCAUCCAGAAGCUAGAAUAUGAGAGGCAUCGGCUCUUCUCGGACCACAUUAAACAGACCCGAUCAACAAUACGGAUGAGACUCUAUGGUGGCAACCAAUUUCUUCCUGUGACCAAAUGUGCGUAGAAUUGUUAACAGGUGCUGAGUGUGGCUUCAUGAACGAGUCCUCCAUCUGUAAUGAGUUUGCUAAAUCAUGAUACGAGAUUAGAUGUAUGCUCAUGUAGUGCUAGUUUGUGUCUCUUAAUUAAACUGUAUAAAUAACAUUUCCACUAUCUAUCGUCUUUCAAAUUAUUCCUUGUUAUAUAUGCCAUGUAAACUGAGGAAUAAUUAAGGUUUAUUGUAUAUUUAUGUGUAAUGAGAGUUCAUUGUCGACCUUUUUCCCUCUUUUA